AAUCCAAACUUCAAAUGACCAAUAAAUGUUCCAUUUUCUCUCCAACCGUUUUUUAAAAAGACACUACCAAACCACUCCUUUAGUCCUUUUUGGCCUUCUCUUUAUUCAAUUUCGUUUCUUUUUCCCAAAUGGCUCAAAACAAUUCGAGAACAUCCAAUAUCGUGAAUGAAAGUGAAACUAUUUCUUUCUUCCUAUGAUUAUUGUUUAAUUACACGAUGUCUUUGUUUUAUCCCAGAUUCCCCACAAACAAAUUAAUAAUGAUAUACCAAUCCAGUGCCAGAAAUUUAGAUAAAUAAAAAAUUCUGGUACAUGAAGAAAGAAUCUUCCAAGAAAACUGCUCAACGUGUUGAAGUUUAUCUUUAAUUACAUCCAUCAACGAUGCUCGUUUUCUCCCCCGUUGAUUUUGUACUCCCAUUUGUCAAUGAAUAUGAUAGAUAAGUUAAAAAUAAAUUAUUGUACUUUCUUUUUUUAGAGUCUAUGUUUUGAUUAUAUGAGAGUAGACUCUUUCAAGAUAUCUCUGUUUCUUGAAUUGUUAUCAACUUAUUUUUGGUGGGAUUUGCUUAUUUUUACCUGGAUUCUCUCCAUUCAAGACUUGCCUUCUGGAAUUCCAACUGUUUGCAUUAGAUAGGAGGGCCUAAUUGGUAUGAAAUCUUGAAUUUGGGUUUCAGGAGUUUGUUUCAAAUGUGAUGGGUAAUCUUAAUUUGGGGAUUCUUUAUAUAUGUAAAGUUGAUUAUUUGUUCGCCUGAAUUUGUUGGCUCUUAUUAUUAAUUGUUUCUUUCUUUUGAAUAAGAAGUGUACAAUAUUGGAAUUUGUUUGUGAUCAUUGAGGUUUUUCGGAUUGGUUAAUGAAUGACAACUAAGGAUAUUUAUGGAGCUUAAUCAUAUAGAUGGUGAGGGAGAGGAAAUAGAUAGAGAACCCUCUUUACCUAAUAAUUCUAGGGAAAAUCGUUAUCCUCAUUCACGUUAUCCUGUGAGGCAAAGGGCUUACAUAUUUGAUGGAGAUGGGAAUUACUAUAACAAGGAAUGGGACCUUGCAGAAGGUAGAGGGAAAGAGUUUUGUUGGUACCAUGUCGAGCUCCCGAAAGGGAAUCAGAAACUGUCACAAUCCGCACAAUACCUUAUUGACGUUCUAUGCCCGCCCUUGAAGCUUCAAGACAUUCUCUCACUUAUUAGUAAUGGACCCUUUUGUGGGCACGUCGAUGGUGCUCUUGUAUUCAGAGUUAAUUCACCUGGCCCGGCUUCUAGCAAAUUUACAUUUAGAAUUGCAGCAAGAAUUACUGAGAAUUCAGUUAUCACCGUGUCAUUAGGACGUGUCCCAAGAUUGGGCUUCUCGCCAGCGAAUGAGUCUCUUCUUUCGGAGAUUCCGGCUGUGGAGAGUCCGGGUUAUGGCGGUAGGGAACAUAAAGAAAGGGGUGGGAUUGUGAUUAGGGAACACGUUCUUGAUUUCCUCUUGACAAUGAAUCAUUCUGAGGAAGCAGAUAAUCCAGUGCCGAAAUCAGUGUCAAAUCUUGUUGUUCACAUAAUUGACACGCACAUCGAUCACCUCCAAGAUGUUGUGACCAAUCUUGAGAUCGAGUUGGAUUCGGUGGAAUUUGAGAUGGAUAUAGGUGGUUUUGCUUUGAAGAAGCAAAUGUUAGAUGAUAGAAGGUUCCCAAAAUUGCACAUCGACUUACAGCGCCUACUACAGGUAAUUGCUAAUGGAGAGCAAGUAUUUCCCCGAGUCAAACAAAAUUGUUUGUCAAAGGAUUGGUUUGGGGCUGAAGACAUUAACUCCCUGGAAGAGUUAAUUGGACGACUAAGGAGACUGAAGGAAAACGUUGGAUUUAUAGCGAAUCGUGUCACUGCAAUUCAGGCCGGUCUUGACAGUUGGCAGGCCGAGCAAAUAAAUAGAAAAUUAUACUACCUCUCCUUCCUCUCUAUCAUAUUUCUUCCUCUAUCAAUAAUAACUGGAGUCUUUGGCAUGAAUGUGGGAGGAGUUCCUUGGACGGGGCAAAGGGACCCCGAGUUGAAGUAUGGAUUCCGCAAUGUAAUAUUACUUUGCGCAGGAAUGCUAGUGGUCAUUCUUCUUUGCUUUAUUUUCCCGGCUCUCUACAGUCGAGUGAUGGCUUGGCAAAGAAGGCGAGCCUUAAGAAGAAGUUGGACUCUCAACCGGAAAUUCUUCAUUAAGAGAACAGUGAGUAGUGAAGAAAGAAAAGAAAGAGAAGGAUACCUCCGGCUUUAGGCUCUAUAAUGUUCGUCUCAUUCGUCCUCUUACAGUUGGAUACUCCAUUUGUUCAAUUUAUCUAAAGGAUUCGUCGAAAUUGGUUCUAGAUACACGUUGUGUUACCAUUUAUUGUGGAUAUUUGGCUUUUUUUCAUCCACUUUUAUCUUUUAUUUACUACAGUUUAGGUGGUUCAUGUGAGUUUUUCAAUUGUGGUUAGUUGUACAGAUAUUUUUCGGCUUUAUAUGUAAAUCAUACACGCCGAUUCUUUUGAUGUCUUGUGUUGCAUUGAUGCUUGUCAAUUUUGAACUCCAAAUUAUGUAUUC